AUGAAAACCUCAUUGAUUGCAUUAAUUGCCUUCAUUCUUUCUUGCCAACUAGCUUUAGUAACCUGCGCAUGCCCACCAGGCAUGUACAUUGCUAAUUCUCAAUGUAAGCCUUGCUCACCAGGAAACUAUUGUUUAAAUGAUGAAUCCAAGCCAUGUCCUGCAGGAACCAUCAAUACUGAUGUUGGACAAACCACAUGUCAAGCAUGUCCAAAAAAUUACAUUACCAACCAACAACAUACUGCAUGCAUUCCAUGUCAUUACAGAACCAAUGAAGAUUUGACAUUCUGUCUCUUGCCAAACACCCCAAUGAAUGCUUUGGAGAUUACUAAAGUAGAAAAUCAUUUGACUAAUAUCACUGAAGGAGAAUCUAACUACUUUUUCAAAAAAAUCAAAUUUGGAAAUGGUCAAGCAACUGAACUAGUCACUGUUCAAGAAACUUUCUCCCUUCUCGUCAAUAAGAGAUUGAUGAUUUUUGCAAGCAAGUUGACAGGAAUGCCAGGUAAAGAUAAUUACCAAUAUGUUGGAAGUGGAGUGAAUACAACUUUGGGAAUUGUUGGAAAGGCUGGAACUGAAGAAAUGUACUAUUUCAAUGUUAUUUUAAUGGAAAGUAUUCCAAGAUUUGCAAACGAAUUGUUUAUCCAAGACUUUACAACAGUUAUUCAAGCAGAGCGUCCAUUAAUGGGCAUGGGUAAAAAUAUAGUUUCACUUUCUGAGCAUGUUGAAACCAUCAUUGAAUUUAAGAAUACCAUUUAUAUGAAUGAUCCAUUGAAUUUCAAUUUGGAAUUCAGUGAUCCAUCAGUUGAAGUUUACUAUUCCACAAAUCCUGAUAUUCAAUUUCCAAAUCCAAAUAAUUCCUUCUUUGUUUCUUAUAAUUCAAAGUCUGUUUCAUUCCAAGUUAGAAAUCCUCCUACUGGUAUGAUACGUGUUGCUAUCUAUAAAAAGGUAAAUAAUGGCAAAGCAAUUGUAACCAUUUCACCAAUCAAGAAAUAAAGGUAAUACUUGGCAUGUCC